UGAUUGCUGUGCCUCCUGUUCCGCAGGAAUUCCCUUUGAUGGUGGGCUGCGCUGCCUGUGCUGGAAGAUACUCCUGAACUACCUCCCUUUAGAGAAAGCCUUAUGGAGCUCGCUGCUGAAGAAACAGAGGGAUCUGUACUCCCAGUUCCUAAAAGAAAUGAUUAUCCAGCCUGGGAUUGCCAAAGCCAACCUGGGUGUUUCAAGAGAAGAUGUGACCUUAGAAGAUCAUCCUCUCAAUCCAAACCCAGACAGUCGAUGGAAUACUUACUUCAAGGAUAAUGAAGUGCUUCUCCAGAUAGACAAAGAUGUCAGGAGGCUGUACCCUGACAUGGCAUUCUUCCAGCGCCCAACGGACUACCCCUGCCUUUUAAUCUUGGACCCCCAAAAUGAGUUUGAGACACUACGCAAGCGGGUGGAGCAGACCACACUCAAGUCACAGACAGUGGCGCGGAACCGCAGCGGGGUCACAAAUGUGAGCUCCCCUCUUAAAACAACGUCUAACUCUCUGAGCGAGUAUGAAGUCCUGCCCAAUGGCUGUGAAGCUCACUGGGAAGUGGUGGAGCGAAUCCUGUUCAUCUACGCCAAGCUGAACCCCGGCAUAGCGUACGUCCAGGGGAUGAAUGAAAUUGUGGGGCCUCUCUACUACACCUUUGCGACAGAUCCUAACAGUGAGUGGAAAGAACAUGCUGAAGCAGACACGUUUUUCUGCUUUACCAAUCUAAUGGCUGAAAUUCGGGACAACUUCAUUAAGAGCCUGGAUGAUUCUCAGUGUGGUAUUACCUAUAAAAUGGAGAAAGUCUACUCCACCCUGAAGGAAAAAGAUGUGGAGCUGUAUUUGAAACUGCAAGAACAGAACAUCAAGCCCCAGUUCUUUGCCUUCCGCUGGCUGACGCUGCUCUUGUCCCAAGAGUUCCUGCUGCCGGACGUCAUCCGAAUCUGGGACUCCCUCUUUGCUGAUGAUAAGCGCUUUGAUUUUCUUCUGCUCGUCUGUUGUGCCAUGUUGACACUAAUCCGGGAUCAGUUGCUGGAAGGAGACUUCACUCUGAACAUGAGGCUGCUACAGGAUUAUCCUAUCUCUGAUGUUCAUCUGAUUUUGAAGAAGGCAAAGGAACUUCAAGAUUCAAAAUAGUCCAUGAGCCUAACAAAAGGGGAAAGAGAAACCGUGCAGCAGCAGAUCCCAGGACAUGCCUGCAUGCAGUGUGGUGCAUUAAACUCCUAGUGAUCUCUGCAGGACUUCAGGUUUUGUGUUUGGGCUACUGGCCACCUUGAAGACUUCCUUCUACUCUAUUUAUUAGGUCAAGGACUGAUUACUUCCCAUCUACUUGGGUC